AAAAGGAAGUGCAGCAACCUCUUCUCACCACAAACCUCCCCUCUGGCCUCAGGGCUUGCCCAGCUCCCCAUAAUACCUGGCUGUGGGAAGAGAUAAACCCCUGUUUACUGACACAGAGCUUGACAGUGAGGAAAAGUGUUAUUUGUGGCACAUCACUUGUUAGUGUGCUAAUCACAGAUUUUUCUGGCUAGAAAUCCCAUUUCAGCUCCGCCAUGGGGUGCCAAGGAAGGCUGACAACAAGGCUCACUUGGGGGCUCCUUCCUGGAUCUCCCCAUCACUACCUGUGAUUAGUUUGCAGCUGGUGUUUUGUUUUGAUGAAUAAUUUAACCUGAGCAGCUCAUCCUGUUGAAGGUCUAUUUUCUGCUCCCUCCUUAACCCCUUCAUCCCAGCAGCUAGGAACUUUCCAGGCAGUGCAUGAUGGCAAAGCUCUUGCCUCAGGAUCAUGGCCACAGCGGGUUCCCCCAAAAAUCCAAGUUUAGGGAAGAAUGGAAGAAUUUUGCACUUACACCACUGCCAUUGAUCCUCAUGGAUACCCAGCUUAAAAUACCAUGUUUAGUUCCAAUUGUUUUUAAGUGUCCUAGACCUGUGACCAAAGGGGGUCUGGGGUAAAGGGUCCUCAGAGGGGCUCUGCUUCCCGCAGGGGAGUUAUCCCUGUGAUCCCCAUCCUCCCCAUCCCUGGGGCUUGCAGGGGCUUCCACACUCCCAGACUAUUUUGGGAGGGCUUAAAAAUACCCUGCCUGUAUUAACGGGCAAUAUUCCCAAGGGCGCAGCAGCCCCGCAUGGCCGCGGAGCAGCCUCGGCCCCCCAGCCUCGCCUGCGGCCCCCCCGCAGUCCCUCGGGGCCGGCCCUGGGGCCGCAUCCUGUGGUCCCGGGCAUCGAGCCCUAUCCCAAAUGGCUGUGAUCGCCAUGACAACGCUGACUUCAGCCCCCGCCACCUACUCGGGCUCAGAGCCGCUGGGUGCCGGCUGAUGGAUUGGUACGGGCGCUGGAACGAGGAUGUCCUCGAUGUUCGGCAAACCCCGAGCCAGCAGCGAGCGGCCGCCCCAGAGCGCCCUCCCCGAGUGCAACGUGGCCAUCCUGGGGUGCAGAGGGGCCGGCAAGUCAGCUCUGACCGUGAAGUUUCUAACCAAGAGGUUCAUCAGUGAAUAUGAUCCCAACUUGGAGGACACCUACUCCUCGGAGGAGCUGGUGGACCAGCAGCCUGUGCUCUUGAAGGUGAUGGACACUGCUGACCAGGAUGGCCCCGGGAACUGCGAGCGCUACCUGUGCUGGGCCAGCGCCUUCCUGGUUGUCUACAGCAUCGACAGCAGGAAGAGCUUCGAGGGCUGCCAGCGCUACCUCGAGGUGCUCGCCCUGCACGCGCGGGGCUGCCAGCGCCGCUGCCCCGUGCUCCUGCUGGGAAACAAGCUGGACAUGGAGCAGUACAGGCAGGUGCUCUCAGCAGAAGGGAUGUCCCUCGCCAGCAGGUUCGGGUGCCUCUUCCAUGAGGUGUCGGCAUGCCAGGACUUCGCUCGGGUGCAGCACGUGUUCCACGAGGCCGUGCGGGAGGUGCGGCGCCAGGCGGAGUGGAGCCUCCCCGUGCGGCCGCUCUUCAUCUCCGAGGAGCGGCCCUGCCCGCCCGUGGCCACGCCCGUGGCCCUGCCCACCCACCACAGCUUGGCCACCUGCACCUUCAACACCCUCGCCCCCGUCAACUACAAGGAGAUGCCCUCGGUGGCCCAGGCCAAGCUGGUCACCGUCAAGUCCUCGCGGGCUCAGAGCAAAAGGAAGGCUCCCACGCUCACCUUGCUGAAAGGCUUCAAGAUAUUUUAGGACACGUCCCUGUGGGCAGCAGAGAGGGAGGAGAGAGACCUCAUCCAUCCCCCCAGCUCCACGGGAGCUGGGACCUUCCAUGAUGGACUCACGGGCACUGCAGCAGCCGCUGGCACACGGCAGCCCUGGUCUCCGUGCCAGGGCAAAGCCAGCAGUGGCAACUUGGCGAGCAGGCAAAGUGCCAGGGUCUGACAUGGGCUGUGGCAUCGCUGUGCCUGCCCCUGCCCGGUGUUUGCACCCUGUCCUGCCACUGCCACUGCGGCCAGCCCAGUUUUCUGCAAGGACGCAGCAGCUUCCAGAGGAGCCAGAGCUGUUGGAUACCAUUGGGAGGGGAAGGGACAACUCCACGGCCACCAGCCAGCUUGGGCACCUGGCCCACAACUACAAGAGCCCAGGAAUGAGGAACUAAUCAUUAAUCCAGCAUGGAGGCACCCAUCUCGUUCAUCCCACAGGUCCCGACUAAGCAAUAAGUAGGAGGAAAUUUUAUUUUUAUUAAAUCCAGAUAAAAAAGGUGCAGAUAAUGUUUCAGCUGCUUAAAGGCCUCAGGUGGCCUGUAACCCAUAUCCACACAUCAAGCUAAGUCACACCAUAAUUGCUGCUUUUUUGCUCAGCUUUUUACACUAUAGCAUCCCUUUCCAAAGGCCUUGCAAAGAGAUGCUUUGCUGACAAGGACAUGGUCUGCAAAGUCUGUGUUUAGAAGACUGAUGUUUUUCCAAUAAUGUCCUAAAUUAUUUCAUGGUUUCUGCACAUGCCCAGUGAAGGACACAAAGGGAAUCCUGAAGCAGACCAGGCUCUGCCUGUGCCUGAGCCAGGGUCAAGGGCUGGAUGUUUGGUUUCAGGUGCUCUAUCAGAUUAAAUGUUCUGCUUCUCCCUGGAGUUGCAGUUACUUUGCAGAGUAAAAUAUUCAUGUGUAUAUUUGUACAUAUAGCCAUAUAAAUAUAUAUAUAUAUAUGACCUUACUGACAGAUUCAAUAUGGCAUUUUGAUCAACCACUUUGGAAAGUAUUUUAAUAAAGAGGAUUCUGAAAAGAAUAAAAA